CGCACGACAACACACCAACUGAAGUGGAAAGCGGCUCCUGUUCUUCUCUUUAUCCCAUUUCGGGCACUGCGUACAAGGCGGUCCGGCUUCAGACUGCUGCAGGACUGAAUCAAAAGCAACAGCUAAGAAGAUAAUCGCGCCUUUGCCUCUAUCGCCACUAUCAUUAUUAGAUUUUUUUCUUUAUGACACCAAUUUAGUACCUAACUUACUAUUUUUUAUAGGUGGAAAAGCAAGUCUGUUUUUGUUUUCCGUCUCGAAGAUUAAAUUUAACUAAUGACGGCAGAGGUUCAGCAGCCCCCAGCACAGACUCCUGCCCAGAGCAGCCCGAUGUCUGCUCCGGAGAAGCCACACGGACAAACGGUGGUGAUGGAAACUGCCUCAUCCACUACGAAAACCAAAAAGACAAACGCAGGGAUCCGACGACCAGAGAAACCACCUUAUUCCUACAUAGCUUUAAUAGUUAUGGCUAUUCAGAGCUCUCCAACAAAACGCCUGACCCUCAGUGAAAUAUAUCAGUUUCUACAGAGCCGCUUCCCGUUUUUUCGGGGCUCGUACCAGGGAUGGAAGAACUCCGUGCGUCACAACUUGUCCCUGAACGAGUGCUUCAUUAAGUUGCCCAAAGGCCUCGGUCGACCGGGGAAAGGACACUACUGGACUAUUGACCCGGCUAGUGAGUUUAUGUUCGAGGAAGGCUCCUUCAGAAGGAGACCCAGGGGUUUUAGGCGCAAGUGCCAGGCGCUGAAGCCCAUGUACAGCAUGAUGAACGGCCUGGGAUUCAACCACAUCCCCGAGUCUUACAACUUCCAAGGGAGCGGCGGGGGCCUAUCCUGUCCGCCCAACAGUUUGUCUCUGGACAGUGGGAUUGGGAUGAUGAAUGGACACUUGGCAGGUAACAUGGAAGGGAUGGGUCUGUCCGGACACUCCAUGUCACACUUGUCGACCAACAGUGGACAUUCCUACAUGGGAAGUUGUACAGGAUCCACUGGUAGUGAUUAUCCCCACCACGACAAUUCCGCCUCCCCUCUGCUCACCAGCGGAGGAGUCAUGGAGCCUCAUCCCGUAUACUCGAGUUCAGCCUCUGCGUGGGCUCCAGCUCCUUCGGCCUCAUUGAAUAACGGGGCUUCCUACAUCAAGCAGCAGCCUCUGUCCCCCUGUAAUCCAGGAGCGAACCCACUGCAGCCAAGUUUGCCCACACAUUCACUAGACCAACCAUACCUGCACCAGAAUGGCCACAGCACCACAGAUUUACAAGGUAUUCCUCGGUACCAUUCCCAGUCUCCCAGCAUGUGUGACCGAAAGGAGUUCGUCUUCUCGUUCAACGCCAUGACUUCCUCAGCCAUGCACUCACCGAGCAGCGGCUCCUACUAUCACCACCAACAGGUCUCCUACCAGGACAUCAAGCCCUGCGUGAUGUGAUGUCCUCCGCGGACAGUCUAGAGACUAGAAGAUGGUGUCACAGACUUGAGCCAGAAGCAAAACGGACUGAAAUGAACAACGAAUGAGUAAACUACCACUGAGAGGCAUGCCCCAGUCCUGGAGAGUGCUCACUGCUUCAAGUAGAUCGGACUACUUCUCUGUGCUGUUACACACAGCGACAGAGACACGGAGACAGGCCAAUUAGAAAGCAACCACAUAAUAAUAUAUAAUAAUAAUUAAAAACAAACUCUUUUAUGCCAUCUUCAUCAUCAUCGACCAGCGGGGUAAAGCGUGGGCGUAAGACACCCUGCUGUUGUUUGGUACUUAGUCCUGCAGAGCGGAUGACUACCACUUCACACUUUUGUUCUUGUGUAUUCAUCUUGUUAAAGUAGGUCAACGUUUAAAAAAAGAAAAAAAAAAGAAAAAAAAUGCACACAUUUCCCCGUCUCAUGUUUUUACCUUAUUUUUUCUUUUCUUUUUUUCUUUUCUUUCAUUUUUUUGGACUUACAUACAAAUGUUAGAUUCUGAGAUGAACAAUUAUGGACGUUACAUAGCCUGUAUAAUGUAAGUCCAUAUACUGUAUACUGUGUAAAAACAAUGACGGCACUUUUUGAAUAACCUAUAAGCGCAACUUUUUUUUUUUUAUUUAUUCUGUAGGCCUAUAUUUUAAUUUCAGGCGAACUGGCCAAGGAGUUAUAUGCUUUAUUGGCAAUAUUUGUCAGAACGCUUAUUAUUUGUUUUAAAAUGAAAAAUUGAGGAUAUAUUGUAAACACUGUUAUGUCUUUUGUGUCAGAUGUAUGUAGACCAUUACUUUCAGCAUUGUAUACACAUUGGUAGAAGAAGGGGGGGAGGGAAGUCUAGCAAAGGGUCCAUCAGCGAGGGUUUGUCUUUAGACUAUAUUACAACAAAGCAUUAAGAAAUAAAAUAUCUUUUCGGCUCUUUAAGCCGGCAAUUCCACCAAACGAGAUACAUUUCGAUUUUAUCGCACACAGACAAUUUUCGGGGGCGAUGGUCCUGCAAGCAAACAUGCCUUGUAAACAGAUGCAAAGACAGUGAUCCUUAUUGCAUAAUUAACCCCAAAUUAGCUUAUUUAAAGAUGGGAAGCUUUUUUUGUGUGUGUGUCCAAUUAUUCAG